AUGGCGGUCGACUACUUUUCCAACCCGCCGCCCGGACUGGACUUGACCGAAUCACGCACUGCUACCAAUAAUGCCAUCGGCAUCGUGCUUUUUGCCCUCUCAUUUGUUUUCGUUGGCUUGCGCCUCUUCACUCGCUUACGUGUGAAGCGUGAGCCACUGGGCCUGGAUGAUUACCUCAUGUUCCUUGGUUUAGCCCUGAAUGCUGGCAACUUAGCAUGCUGCAUCGCAGCGAAGAUCACCUUCGCCUAUGUCUUGAUCUACUCUUGGAGCGGCUGUAUUAUCAAAUUCUCCAUCCUGGCUCUAUACCGUCGCAUCUUUGGCUUGAACUGGCUCGGCUGGUUUUCCAUCGUCAUCACUGUUCUCUACCUCAUCACCAACCACAUCGUGGUACCACUGUACACGCGACCACUGAACUUCUACUGGAAUCAGUGGUACGGGGGUACAGGCGUGGUACAGGUAAACGAGGCAAAGUUCUAUCUCGGUAUCAGCAUCAUCAACAUCUUCGGUGAUGUCUGCAUCCUUGCGAUACCCAUAGCCAGUGUGCGCAAGUUGAACAUGGGACGAUCGCAGAAAAUCGCUGUCAAUUUUACCUUCCUACUGGGCAGUUUUGUCUGUUUCGCCUCGCUCUACCGCCUCAUCACCAUCAACCGCCUCGUCAACACACGAGACAUCAGCUGGGCCAAAAGCGACGUCUUCAUCUGGUCAUCCGUCGAGCCCUCCGUCGGCAUCAUCUCCGGCUGCUUACCCACACUCCGCCCCCUGAUGAUACUAGCCAUGAACAGCAUCUCGCGCCGGAUGCCAUCCUCGAUCAAAUCCUCGCGGCACUCUGAAUCGCCCGCCCACUCGCUGGACCCGCUGGAAACGAUAUCCAAGAAGCGCACGCGCAAGAUUAAGGUUAAGGAUCCGUUGGAGAGCACGGUUGCAGGCCAAGACAGUCGGAUCGACCGGAAGUCGUGGAUGCGGUCGAGGACGGAUAAUAAUGAGCAUUGGGGUAGAUAUCGGCCUGAUGACGAUGAAAUGUGUCUCACGACUACGACUGUGCAUGUUCAUGACAAAGAGGGAGGCGAGGUCGGCACGAGUGAGAUCUUGGAUCAUGAUAGAGAGGAGAAUGGGAUUACUAUGACGAGGAAGUUUGAAUGGGAUGAGGGGACACAGGGGCCAAAUCUAAAGAAGUAG